AUGUUUCCAGUGGAGUACGUGUAUGCAGAUUGGAUUUUUUGGCAAACAGACAGCAAAGCAAGGCGUGCAGAUUCAGAAUCUCUGACAAGUCCAAGUGAACGCGAUAAAGAUGCCGGAAGUCGAGUUGAAGGAUUUUGCAUACCUCAGGCUUUUCUCAUGAAAAGUAAUAUUGAUCAAAACACUAAACUUGGUCUUAAGGAGCACUGGCGGCCAGAUUCUGAUAGGAUGACAGAAAAUGACCCCUUUGUAGAGAACGAUGAUAACAAGAUCAUACCUAUCUUCACUACAGAACAUGCAAAAGACGAUCCGAGGUACGUGAAGCUAAGGCUAACAAGUGAAUGGAAAGAUCUUUGCCCUCGCUAUAGAAAUGUUUCUUACCUCAACCAUGCAUUUCUGUUGCCUUCAGCUGAUCAUGCCAUGGUAAAGGCUGAAAAGUCAUUUUACGGAGAAAGUGGCAAGUGGUCCUACAGUCUCCACGGACCUGUACGUAAACUUCAAAGUGGUGGGUUUGUAAAUGACGAGGCGGAUGACGCUGCUGUUUUCAAGUACCCGGAUGCUUGGCCCGAGCCAGCGAUGGAAUGGUUGGUCCGACCGCGCCCAAGUGGCUGGCCUUCAUCUGAACUGGUCCAGGAAAUAUUCGAAUCCGGUUGCCAUUUAGCUCCCGUUGGUAGGGGAAAUCGACUUAAAGAGCCCGUUGAUGUAUUCAGUUACUGUCGAAACCCGGAGGCCACACUGGCCAACUCUUUAUUACCCAGUGUGACGGAAGACAGCAGCGACAAGUGGAUGAUGGAUGAAACCGAAUGGCGUACCUCAUUUUCCUUGGGCGAAAAUAAACUCGGGAAAAGUGUGUCAGCCGUGCAACGUCAUGUAAUGGUUUUGCUAAAGAUGAUAAAGAAAUUUUAUUUUCCUGAAGUGAUUUCAACGUACUACUUGAAGAACCUAUUGUUUUGGGAGUGUGAGAAGAGAGGUGAAGUUUUCUGGAGUGAGGAAAACUCCGCAAACUGUCUGCUAUUCAUGUUGGAUCGCCUUCAAGAGUGCUUGGAGUCGCGUCAUUUGCCGCAUUACUUCAUGCCACAAAGUAAUCUCUUGACGUUCGAAGACCCAUCUGGACUGAAAGAAGCUGCUGUUCAAGUCGCUGAAGUUAGAUGUAAUAUUUUGUCAAAGACAUUCAACUUGUUACAAAAGCUCCAGAUCCCACCUUUUCAUUCCCAAACCUUUCUUUAA